AUGUCAAUACAAUUAAACAGCGCCAGACAACUAACCUUCCGUCGGACUUUUUUCAGCGGAUGGUUUAAAGCUUGGAGAACCCAGAAGCUCAUUUAUCCUCCAGCAGCUUCUGAGUUUACCACCAAGAACAGGAUUAUUCCCAACUACAUAACAUCCAGUAAUGAAUUGUACGAUUUGAUUUUGUUCAAGGAGCCAGUCUUAUUGAAUUUCACCUAUGCUGAGCCAAAAUCAAAUAAGGUGACCCAGGCACUUUUUGAUGUAUUGAGUGAUGGAAAGAAGUAUCCCAAGCCAGAAAACGAACCUGUGUAUUUGGUCAAUAUCUUGGCCGAUAGCGAAGGAGGACGUGAAUUAAUGUUGCAGUACGUAGUAGGAGGUCAUAUUCCCGCUGUAGUGGUGUUGAAGAAGCAACAGCCGGUAGAUACAUUUGUUCCCAAUUUAGAAAACUUCAGCGAACAGGACUUAGUAGAGUGGAUAAAGACGAUCGAGUAG